AUGUGGGACAACUGGCCGGAUGGCUACAGCUGGCGAGGGGGCUGGAACUGGGCCUGGCACAACGACGAGCAGGCAGCCAACGGCUGGCGGAAAUGGCAGGACCGGUCCUGGGCUGGGCAGUGGCAGCCAAGCAGGUACCAGCGAAGCGACUAGCUGA